UGAAUGGACCGUUUUCUUCGUCGAGUUCCCCGCCGACUAUGACUUGCAAGCCAGACCAUGUCUCUGCCCUUCGUUCCGAGCUUCAGUCUAACAACAUCGGCAUUGCCCUCUUGAGGCUCGGUCAGCCUACGUGACAGCGCCAACCUAGCAACUUCUGUUCACCAUGUCAAGUGACGGGCUUCAUACUGAGCAUGCUGCAGCAGAUGCCGGUGGGGCUUCUAGGGAGCGGCCGUGGUUGCUGCCCUCUAACCGGAAGCUCAGGCACCUCCAGGGCAUCACUCUCCGGAACCUUACGCUCGUCUCCAGCCCAGGCCGCCCGCGUGGGAAGACCAUAGAUGACGGCGCAGUGCCCUCCUCCCUCAAAUCCCCAUCGAAAGUGCUUGCGUUGCGAGAGACGCGCAAAGUCGAACAUUCCCACUCCUCGUCCGACCUCCGCUCUCUCACCGAGACGGACGAAUUCUCAAAUGGCAAGCCGAAACCCUCUCCUAGGAGCCUGCGGCCAGCCUUCUCAAAAUCAAUGCGGAGGCGUAGUACAGCGACAGAGUGGGCCGGCGCAAGUCCGCUGGUCAGGCAGCAGAAACUGGAAGCUGUCACUGGGCAUAGGAUGGCAGAUACGUUCUUUUCGUUGCACGUAGCGCAUCAUGGAGAUCCGGUAUACAUCAGCGAGAUUGCGCAACAGGCAAUAAACCCCAAUUUCCGGUUCUUCGACCUCGAUUCUUGCGGCCCUGCCGUCACCCGGCUAGACUGGCUGACGGUAAAGGUAUGGGCACGGAAUGAGUAUAUGAAAGGCUGGCAGUAUCUUCUAGAAUACACAGCUCAUCUCCGGGCGUUGCAAUUCAUUGGAAAGACGCUCGAGAGUUUUGAUCACGCUCUACCACCCAACUGUAUUCUGUUCCAUAUGACGGACGGCAUAUAUACGAGCUUCAUGGACAUGCCCACUGGUCAGGAGAUCCCGCUUAUAUCUGCAGCACCUCCGAAACCUUCGACUGGGCCGGUUCUUCCUACCUCAUCAUACGACCGGCUCGCAGAACUCUCGACCUUGGAUGAGUGCAUACAAGACGCGUUAGCAACAAGGGAUAGGCUAAUAGGAGAGAUGGAAUUAAUUCUUGAGCAGAAUAAAGAGUCAAUAUCUAUUGUCAGUCGAGUCCCAGAAGCUCAGGAGAGGGCGAAGAGGGUAGAGAGCGCUGUUGUAGCAGAGCAACGACGCCUUGAAGCUACUCGCAAGAAAAGAGACGAGAAGAUAGCAAAGAUUGCAGCGCGGAAGGAAGCAAUGCAAAAGGGCAGGGAAUUUCAAGAAAAGGCAAAGAGUCAUGUUGAUGGUGCCCAGGAGAAGCUUCAGCAAUGCAGAGAGACAUUACAGCAGACAGAGGAUGACAUUCUUGGCCAACGACGACGUAUAUGCGAGGACCUCCAAAGAAUAUAUCCGAUUGAACCCAUUCCGGGGAAAUCGUUGUCUUUCACAAUAUGCGGCAUGGCGCUUCCUAAUUCGAACUUCGAGGACGCAAAAGAGGAGGUAGUCUCGGCAGCAUUGGGCUAUGUGGCCCAGAUCUUGAAUCUGCUGUCACCUUACCUUGCCGUGGCACUGCCAUACCCAGUCACCCCAUGCGGAUCAACGUCCAGUAUCGAAGACCCAAUCUCUAUGACAACGGGCCCACGCACAUAUCCUCUCUAUAUGAAGGGAGUUGCCACGUAUCGUUUCGAAUAUGCAGUGUUCUUAAUAAACAAAGACAUCGAGAUUCUAUCGAACUGGCUCGGGCUCAAACUCAUGGAUAUCCGGCAAACGCUUCCGAAUCUCAAAUAUCUGCUUUACAUUGCUUCGUCUGGCAAAGGCGAGUUGCCAGCUCGCAAAGCUGGUGGGAUCAGAGGACUGUUGAGGCAAGGCUUGCCUAUGUCAAGACAAGGUAGCAUCGAUAGCGUUGGGAGUAGUUCCGCUGAAACAAAAGACCCUCUCGUAGGAGAGGUGGCUAACGGGCAUAAGAAGAGCGAGAAUUCCCGGAGCAACGGAGCGCCAAUCACGGCGUAUCAAUCACUCCAGAAGUCGUCUGUCUUGCAUGGGAGUAAGCUCAGAGAGGUCGAGUAGGAUAGCACAGUUGGAGUAGCGGGUUUUCAGCGAUACCCGAGAACAGCACAGUGCGUGCGGCGUCAGAUAGGCUCUAGAUGUGCAUGCAUGUAAAUGAGAGCUGUUUGCCGUUAUUGUGGUGCAGUUUUGUCUAUUCUCGACUUGGGUAGUAUUGCAAGACCUCUAUGCUACCCCUGCAGAUCCUACGGGACUAAAGCCCCCUUUUCUCGCCCAAUCAGACACUGGAUAUCCCGAGCCAGCGGAUAUGGCGCUUGCUAGGAGGUUUCCUGAUAUUUUUACUUCUUCCAUGGGCUCGAGUGCCGUGGUUGAGGAUGUUUCCGGAUACAUAGCUUGGACUGCUGUGAAUCAAAUACACGAAUACGGAGGAAGAAUACACAACUACAAACUUCGCUAUCGCAGUCAGCAUCAGCGAUGCUAAUGCGUGCAUCCUAC